AUGGCCACCAUUCGCCUGGAAUUCUUUCCCACGGCAGUCACUGAAGAGAAGCUUCAGGAAGCCCGGGAGAAAUCUCUGCGUCGCAUUUUCGGGACCACCCAGACCUUACGAUGUAUAAAGAGUCCCCGCAAAUGGGGGACCUUACAAAACAUUCUGCAGGAGCGGGUGGCAGAGCACUGUCAAGAAGGCCACAAGUUUUUCUCCCAGGGAGAGUGGGAAAAAGCAAUCACCUGCUAUACCAAAGCCUGGAACUUGGAUCCUAAGAAGGUGGAGCUGUAUGAGCAGAAGGCGGAAGCUUUUCUUCAGCUCUGUGACUUCCAGUCUGCCUCCCUGCACCUCAGGAAGGCCUAUUGCAUGACGCCAGCGAAGGACGAAUGCCUGGCCCGCCUCGCCUUCAUUCUAUAUCUGCAGGGUCAGAGUCUGUACGAGCAGCAAGUCUACUUGGACGCUUUGGAGUCCUUCACUCACGCCUCCGAACUGCAGCCACAGAAGACCCUUUAUCGCAGGAGGAGCAUUGCCUGUCUCGCCGCCUUGAAAAGAUACAACGAGUGUCUCCAGAUGGUCAACGAAGAGGUGGUUCGGGAUCAGACGAACGCGGAUCUUUUUGUCCUCAGGGCUCGGCUCUAUGAAUACUUUGGGAAGCCUACCCCCUGUUUUUAUAAUGUCCAAGAGGCUCUUGCAAUAGAUCCUGGGCACACCGAAGCUCAGCUUUUGCUGGAGAAGUUGAGGAAGAAAGCCCAGAAAAACAAGGCCCAGGCCGUAAGCAAGGCGUUGAAGGGAAACCUGCAGGGGGCGCUGUUGAAAAUCAACCGUGCCAUCGAGAACAUCCCCCUGGACGCGGACUACUUCCUCUUCAGGGGGAGCAUUCUGCGGCGCCUGAAAGACUUCAGCGCAGCCAUCGAUGAUUACCUCAAAGCGGUGGAGAUCGGCAAAGCAGAGGAAGGCAGCCAGGCCAGCGCGGAAGCCUGGGCACAGGUGCUGUUGACGUACAACGACUUCGCAGUCCACUGCUACACCAAGGGCUUCUACGAAGAGGCGGUCUUGCUCCUCAACAAGGCCAUCAAGGGGGAGAAGAAGGCGAAGGGGCUAUACAUCAACAGAGGAGAUUGCUUCCUGAAACUGGGCGAGCUGAACUUCGCCAUAGCAGAUUACCAGCAAGCCCUGGAGGUGGGUCCCAUCGACGCUGGCCUGCAGAAGCGCAUCUCUUGGCUGUACAACGAGAUGGGACUCCAGGAGUUCAGGAAGAGACGAUACCCGGAGGCAGAGGCGUAUUUCUCCCGCGCGAUCGAGCACAACCCUCUCGAGCUCCAGCAUUACCUGCAUCGGUGCAAGACCCGGAUGUUUCUGCAGGAGGCGAUGGGCGCCAAGGAAGACAUCGCCACGGCCCUGCUCCUGAACCCCACGAGCGAGGAGGUAUCUCUGUCCCUACGGGCAUUUCUCUCCACCCUCCCCGACACUGGGGUGAGCCACACUCUGGCAAACAGCCUUUUUGUAGGGGAGGACAUUCAGACGAUCAUCCAGAGUAAAGUUGCAGAUCUCGCUAAAGCUCUUUUGGAGCAAAGGCUGGAAGCCCGUCCCAAGUACGAAGCCCCGCCUGCUCCCGAAAGUUGCCUUAGAUUCCGACUAGCGGCCGAUCAGCCGAAAGAGGAGUCCUCCCGGAAGGAAGAAGGGCUGCUGGAGAACCCGGCAGGGGACAGGCAUCACUUGGAAGCAAAGAGACUGUAUCAGAGGCAACUGGCCUGCUGGAAGAAAGCAAACCGAGUAAAUGAAGAGCUGAACGACGUGCGAGAGAAGGUGUCCCUGGAGUCCCAGAGAGCCCGGCUGGACCCAAACCCAAAGCUGCCGGAAAAGGAAUGUUCUGAUGCGCCUUACCACUGGAAGAAAUUCAGCCAAGGCAUCGCUCGUUUUUAG